AUGAUUGAACCAUUAUUUUAUAGGAAAGAAGUUUUGUCGUUAUAUCGUCGCAUAUUCCGAAUGGCGCGACAUUGGCACGAACUAACUACGGGAGAUGCUGAUACAGAGAGUCAGUACAUACGAAAUGAGGCGCGCAGGUUGUUUCGAAGAUACAAGAAUGUGAGUUGCUCUUGGUUUAGGUGAAGUGAACACUGAUAUAACAGCUCAUAACGUACUUACAAGCAUAGUAAUAUAAAUGAUAUUUGAGCACAAUAGUAGGGCAUGCCAGAUAGGCUGUUUUAUAUAAUGAGUUUGUGUCAUGUUACAGGGAAACCAAAAUUAUUUUUUUUUUCAUCAGUCAUUGAAAAUACUUCAAAGCUCACAUGUCCUUACAUUUCAGAACAGUUUGUUCGUUCUUUGGCAGUUUUAGGAUUGCAAAGGAUGUUUUUAAUGUGGUAACUCUUUAAAAAGCUGCUGACAUUUUUGUGUGCGUUCUUUUUCGGCCAGUAAUUUGACUGUUUCAUCUUCACUAAGCAUUUUAAAAUCUUCCAUCAUCAGGCAGAGCUGCUCCAGCCUUGUUCCCAGGCCUCUUUGCACUAUCCAAGUGAGCAUAGGAGGCUUGGAACUUGCAAAAUAGCAAAUUCUUCCGAUAAACUUGAUCGGUGAUGUCACAUCCAAAUGUGUCGAGGAUGACUGGGACAAGGCUGGAGUUGCCCCCAUCUGCUGCAUGCCAUCAUUCAUCCAAUAAAAUUGUUGGCUGUUUGAGUACUACAAUCCAAAUAUUAGCUAAUGAUGCAACCUCAGACUGUCCAACCUUUUGAGUAUAUAAAAUUGGGAUAUUUUUUAAUAAUCGAGGAAUCACACGAGCGCGGAAGGGGUGGGCCACUAGGGGGGUCUAAGGGCAUUCUCCCACGUAAAAUUUUGCAGAAAUCUUGAUCCUCUAUAAUGCCAUUUCUAGUGUUCUAAGAGGAAAAUUUUGUUUAAAAUGUUCGCUGAAUUUUGUCAUUUUUAUGCUUUUUUUUUGCAUGGUUUCAUGUACAAUUACUCGAUUUGUUUUAUAUUUUGUAUGGCUUUUAAAGUUUUCUGGAUGUCAGUGUGAGUCAAGUAUACUCUAUUAUGUAUUCUUGUAUAAUUCUCAAAAGAAUUCACUUGAAAAUAUCACAACAAAGUUAUGUCAAAAUUAGGAUUUUUUUCCUAUCCCACUCGCAUAUUCAGGAUUUUCAAGCAAAAUUGGGAGGAUCCCAACGAGAACAGGGUGGUUGGACAGUCUGCAGCCUUCCAGUUCUUCUAGCUUCCUUUGAAUUGGCCAGUCCUAUCAACGUUUGUUUGUUUCUGUGGCCCUUUUUUCCAUUUGAUGUUUCACAAGACUGUAUACGUGCAAACUGAGCAUCAAAAUCAUUUUCAAAUGCUUAAUGUAUUUUUUCACGCUUGAUAAUGACUUUGAGUCAUUUUUGAUGUUUCAUUUUAGAACAAGGGUCUUAAUACUGUUUUACUGUAUUUGCAGAUUACUCAACCUGUGGAAAUAGAACUACGUAUUUUUGAGGCAACUGCUCGAAUUGAAAUUGGUACGAGGCUUUUUAAACAAAUUUUUUAAAUACAGUCCAACGUCCCAGAAAUGUGUCAGGAAGUUUCAAUAUUGUAGUGCUUUGACUGGGAAUGCCGAAAAACUGAAUUUGCUACAUUAUUUUAAACUGGGUGUGAGUGGUGGACUAUGAUCCCUCAUGAGGCUACUGAGUAGAUAGAUCUAAAUUUUACUACUGAUAAUCAUCAUCAUAUUUAUAUGCAAUUUUUUCUCUAACUUAUGAGCAUUCAACAGGUUACAUAUACCUACCACGUAAAAUCAAGUGUUGAGAAAUAACUUCUGGUACUCAGCUUUAAUUCAGUUUCGUUGCCAGGAAGCAUUUAAACCUUUCCAAAAUUUUACAUCACGUCUACCUUAUUAUUCACUGUCAAAUGAUAAUCAAAUUAAUUUAAUUUUAAACUAGAGUUUUUUUUGUUUUACAUUAUUUCAGCGCUUGAUUUUGGAACACCUUAUCUUGAUGUCUUGACAUCGGUAAGCCUUGGUAGUUCAAAUUAUGCUAUUUUCAUUUACAUAUAAUUAUUUAUUCAAUGUCAAAAAAGAAACUCCGCUUUCUCUUAAGAUAUUAACAAUAAUAGCCUACAAGCAAGCCCUCCAGGGCACUCUGGCAGAGGGGGUUGGGGGGCGGGGAAAGGAAGGAGAGCUUGCAACUAUGUCUCUGGAAUUUGAAUAUCUGCAUUGAAAAAGUCGGUGCAAAAUGUUGAUUUGCGGAUAUGACAUGAGUAAUGAUGUCAUUACCCUUGGCACAUGUUUCAUUUCAAUGUUUGUGUACAUUCGUGCUUGUUUCUGCUUUGCACUGAUUGGCGGAAAUCUGACAGCUUAGUUGGCGGGGAGUCACAGGGGUAUUGGAGGUGGAAUUCAAAUUCCAGAGACGUAGUUCAGGGCUUGAAAUUAACGCUCGCAAACUCACAAACAAAAUGCGAGUGAUUUUGAUAAUCUGCGAGUGAGAAAAAUAUAAACUAGCAAACAUUUGUGAAAAACAUUGCUAGUGGUCUCACCAGUUUUUCUAGGGGAAAAAAUCUUACUAGCAAAACUUUGCAAGUGCACUAAAAAGUUAACUUCGAGCCCUGAUAGUUGCAAGCUCUCCUUCCUUUUCCUGCCCUGCCACCAGAGUGCCUCAGAGAGCUUGCUUGCAGGCUAAUUAGCAAUAUAACUAGAAGUUUCAACGUGAAAGUGAGUGCUGGCAAGGGGAAAGCAGUCAUUGGGAUAGAGGAGAAUUACGCAAAAAAUUUGGUCAGUUUAAGAAUCCUGGGGUAGUCUCUCUUACUUAAAAAAAACUUGAGGUGCUUGGAGGGGGGUGUGUGGUUGUCUUGGCCAGACAACUUGACAUACAAUAAUUAUUGUUUGCUGUCAGCAGUUAUUCUCUCAUGGAGCUUUCAAGGAGCAAAUCAUCUCCAUGAAGCAAGACGGAAUCAAUUUCUUCACACCUCCUUUGGUGAACUGGCCACAACUGGUGGCUUAGUAAGACAAAUUCAUGAAAACCUCAUGUCAUCCUCAAGAUUCAUCACUGAAAUUAUUGUCGCCUUGAUGAACACUUCCCUGCAUUAUCAGAAAAUUGUUGGCAAUCAAUAAAGGACCCUUACCUUUCUCGGAAAGUUUUCUUUACUAAAGAAAUGUUGGUUAAGGCUGACCAGAUCCCUAUUCUGCUACCCUUCUAGCUUAACUUGGCUUGAAUCUGGAAAAAUCUACCAGCUUUAAGCAGAAUAACCAUGGCAUUAUUUUGACUUUUGAUUGCAAUUUACCGGGGAAAACUUUGGGGUGCAGCUUAUAUAUGGGUGUGAACUAUACGUAUGUGGUUAAAUUCAGUACAUUUUAUUGUAAUAACCUUUCUGAUUGGUUAGGGAUUGAUAUGGCAAGCCAGGAGAAACUCUGACUUGUUACUGCUACUUAGUAGUUUUCAUGUUUAAUGGAAAAUAUUUUUGCCAUAGGAAUUUAGCCAGCUUCCGCGAAUGUCAAACAGGAGCCACUUGAUGAUGUCUUUGGUAAGCUAUCAGUUUACCAGGAAGUUUCCAACUUUAAGGGAAAUUGAAUUGAAUGUCGAUAAGAUCAAUGCAGUUAUAGAUGCAAUACUUAUGUGCAGUUGGGAAAACCCUUAACAAAUUCAGUCUUUUAUGGGAUUUGAACUUAACUUUAACCUAUUCAAAACUGAAAUGCCCAUAACCACCUGUAUGAAUCCACAUCCCUUGUGCUGCUUGUUGUAUCAUUAAAACCAAACCCAAAUGAGCAUGAUUCAGACAAAAAGGAAAGAGAAAAAUGCAAAAUAAACAAUCAGGAACAGGGAUGUAAAAUCGACCUGGAAAUUUCAGUGAAAAGUUUGUACCACAAUCCACAUGUCCUUCCUUCAAAAUAACUUCAUCAUCUUUGGUGUUUUCGUGGAAACUUUUUCAACCAAAAUGAAGCCUAGUAAAUGGCCAGAUAAAAAAUAGAACAAGACCUGAAAUUGGGAAGAAGAGUUAGGUAUGUGUCUGUUGUAAUCGGGUUUUACUAUAAUAAUAAAACCCCUUAUUAUAACAGACACACCCAAAUCUCCUUCACCAGGGUGGGUAGGUACAUGUAAGCUCUCCUUUCUCAACAGUUAGUGAUCACUUCUUUUCUUUCUGUUCUAGGUGCAGUCAAAAGAAUACCACCGUGAACGCCUAAAGAAGCUUGCUCGGCUAGGCUUAGUGCAAGAAUGA